AAUAUCGAUAACGUUUUCAUACAAUAAUGUGUAAUAUAAUGAGUAGUGUAAUACAAAAAUAAAAAAAAAUCAUGUUUAGUGCUGUGCGAUUUCAUGAAUUGGUACUUCUUGAAUGUUUUAUUAAAAAGAAAAUUAUUCAAUGACGUUGGAGAUCAAAUCAGUAAAUAAAUUAUCACAACUCUGUAAAUAUAGUGCCGUACUGGAAAAUGUAUAAAGGCCACAUAAAAGUAGUCGGAUAUUAAAAAUUGCAUGAAUGCUAUCAAUUUAAACCAAAUAUUGAGUUAUUGGAUUCAUAGAAAAGGGACUUACAAUAAACUGCGAAUAAACUGUAAAUUCAUUAAGUGGAUCCGAUCGCCCUUUUGAAGGAGCGAUAGUGGAGAUGAUUUUAAUUCUUAGUUUGCUGCUAAUAGCAACUCUGGGAGAUAAACAUGACUACUGGUUGCACUCGAGAACAGGCUCUCAGACACUGGCAGCCAAUAUUUGGUCAGACAAGCCGGCUAAUCAAAAUGAACCGAUUAAUUUGACUGACGCAAAUGUGACAAUAAAGGAUGCAAAAAACCUUAGUACUACUAUCACAAAUGUAGCUAAGUUUGACACGAAAUUAAAUCACCUUUUAGUAGAUACUAUUACUGGACGAGUCUUUGUUGGUGGUGUUAACAGGUUGUAUCAAUUGUCGCCCGACUUGGAGCUCACCGAAACGGUGAAAACAGGACCUCAAAAUGAUUCGGUAGAGUGCAGCAUACUCGACUGUCCCUUAAAUGCUGUUCGCAGCCCGACAGAUAAUUAUAACAAGGUCUUGCUCAUAGAUCGUGCGACUUCUCGAUUAAUUGCGUGUGGAUCACUAUUCCAGGGAACAUGCACAGUACGUAAUCUUCAGAAUGUCAGCAUAAUUGAGCAUGAAGUGCCUGAUGCGGUUGUUGCAAACGAUGCCAAUUCUUCAACCGUGGCAUUUAUAGCGCCAGGGCCUCCACAGCAUCCGGUGACAAAUGUUAUGUACGUUGGAGUUACUUAUACGAAUAAUUCACCAUACCGUAGUGAAAUACCAGCAGUUGCAUCACGCUCUCUUGAAAAGACAAAGAUGUUUCAGAUUGCUUCUUCGGCGGUUACGACUGGAACGAGAACCUUUAUUAAUUCUUACGCGCGGGAAACAUACUUUGUGAACUAUGUUUACGGAUUCAGUUCCGAGAGAUUUUCAUACUUUCUUACAACACAGUUGAAGCACAGUCACCAUUCUUCACCAAAGGAGUAUAUAACUAAACUUGUCCGAAUAUGCCAGGAAGAUUCAAACUAUUAUUCAUACACUGAAAUUCCAGUCGAAUGUAUUAGCGAUGCUCAGGGCGGCACUAAAUUCAAUUUAGUUCAGGCCGGUUACUUGGGUAAACCCAGCUCAGAUCUGGCUCAAAGCUUGGGUAUAUCAAUUCAGGAUGAUGUCCUCUUUGCAGUGUUUUCAAAAGGCGACGGUAACUCACCAACCAAUAAUUCUGCACUCUGCAUUUACUCUUUAAAAUCCAUUCGUCGAAAAUUUAUGCAAAACAUAAAAUCCUGUUUCAACGGCAAUGGGAUGAGGGGACUGGACUUUAUAUCACCCAGUAUGCCAUGUGUUUUAACGAAACUGCAAACUAUUGGAGAAGAUUUCUGUGGACUAGAUGUAAAUUCGCCUUUAGGAGGAGAAAAUCCCAUUACUUCAGUGCCAGUGGCCAUGUUUAACAAAAAGUUAACAUCAGUUGCUGCUACGAGCACAAGCGGAUAUACCGUUGUCUUUGUGGGCACGACAGAUGGACACCUUAAGAAAGUUGUCGUCGAAUCUUCAUCCGUUGCCAAUGAAUAUGCCAGUUUUUCUGUGGACUUGGGUUCGGCAAUAAAUCAGGACAUGCAGUUUGACAACCAAAAUCUUUAUAUGUAUGUCAUGUCCGAAACUAAAGUGUCCAAAGUUAAGGUUUUUGAUUGCACCGAUUACAAGACAUGUGGGGAGUGCUUGGGAGCUAGAGAUCCAUAUUGUGGCUGGUGCUCAUUGGAGAACAAAUGUAGCCCACGUUCAAACUGCCAGGAUGACGCCAACGACCCUCUUUACUGGGUCAGCUAUAAAACUGGAAAAUGCACUACAAUAACAAGUGUUGUGCCACACCAGUUGCAACGCACAACCGCUCGAACCUUGGAACUUAUCAUAGAUCACUUGCCACAACUAAAGGAGAAUUUAAUAUGUGCUUUUACCACAGAGGAUAAGGCGCUGUUCACUAAUGCUACGAAAAAGAGAAAUGGCGUGAACUGUACAACACCGCGAACAGAUAUGCUACCCCAAAUUGAACAAGGAAAACAUCAUUUCACAGCAAAACUAUCUGUGCGCACCAGAAAUGGACCCGACCUAGUGUCCACGGAUUUUACGUUCUUUGAUUGCAGUACCCACUCAUCUUGUACACGUUGUGUGUCCUCGGAGUUUCCAUGUGAUUGGUGUGUUGAGGCUCACCGUUGCACUCACGACACUGCUGAGAAUUGCCGCAAUGAUAUUUUGGUCACAGGCGUUAGCCGGAUAGGUCCAAGUUAUAGAUCGGGUCCUGGAUUUUGUCCAACUAUUAACGCUACAGGGGAUGGAAGUGAAGUACUUGUGGCUGGUGGCACAAGCAAAUCUAUAAAAGUUAAAGUUCAUAUAAUAGGGCAGUUUAUAGUUCAAACUCGAUUCGUUUGCCAAUUUAAUAUUGAGGGACGUGUAACGAGUUUAAACGCCCAGUUGUUGGGAGACACAAUUUACUGCGAUAGCAUGGAAUUUCAGUAUACUUCAAGAUCACCCAACUUGACGGCCACUUUCGCUGUUAUAUGGGGCGGAUCCAAGCCUCUAGAUAAUCCUCAUAACAUACAUGUUGUUAUUUAUCGAUGUCGAGAAAUGGCCGACAGUUGUGGUAUUUGCUUGGCCCUAGCCGAAAAGUACAAUUGCGGAUGGUGUUCUUCUACCAAUACCUGCGAAGUUGAGGAACAAUGUAACAAGAACAAAGAGGGAAAAACCGAUUGGCUAAAUCGAAGUGAAAUUUGUCCCAACCCUGAGAUUCAUACUUUUGAACCCAAAACGGGUCCCUGGGAAGGAGGAACAAACAUUACAAUACGUGGUAUAAACUUAGGCAAAAAUUAUAAUGACAUUUAUUCGGGCGUUCGAAUAGCUGGCAUAAAUUGUAUGCCAUUUCCGCAAUUUUAUAUCGACACAAAGCAAAUCGUAUGUACAGUGGAUAGCCCUGGGGAACAAAUGUAUAGAAAUGGAAAAAUAGUCGUACAAAUAGGGGACUAUCGCGGUGAGUCUAAGGAAGACUAUGAAUUUGUUGAUCCUAAAAUUCUGGAUUUUAAUCCAAAGUUCGGUCCAACUUCGGGUGGAACUGAAAUACAUAUAACUGGAAAGCAUUUAAAUGCCGGUUCUCGCAUACAAGCGUCCAUAAAUGACCAUUUACCUUGCAAAAUUCUAAGCACCGGUUCCACACAAGCUAUAUGCCGUACGUCCCCUUCACCUGGUAUCAUUGAAGGAAGGCUAAAAAUGUCAUUUGAUAAUGGUCCCCGAGAAUUCAAUGAUUACAAUUUUAAAUAUGUUCUGGAUCCUACAGUUGAACACGUCAGUUCAGGACCAAGUGGACAAAUAAAAGUGCCGAAAGGAAUACCAGCUGGCGGCAUUCGAAUUUCCGUUAUUGGUACCCAAUUUACCAGUAUACAAACUCCAAACAUUUACGUAGUAUAUAAUGGUGAGAUAUUUGCCAGUCAAUGUCGAGUCCAGUCAGAUACAGAAAUGGAAUGUGCAUCUCCAGUUAUUGGAGUAGACAGCGAAAUUAUUGAAGCGGAGAGGCCAAUGCUCCUGGAGUACGGCUUCCUAAUGGAUAAUGUUUUGCGUGUACAAAAUUUAUCAAAAAUUCAUAACAACCAUUUUGAACUUUAUCCAAAUCCUGAGUAUUUCAUAUUUGAAGAAAGAGUUAAGUAUUUCAAAAGCGAGUAUUUAACAAUAAAUGGUCGGAACUUAGAUCGCGCUUGCAAGGAGACUGACGUGGAAGUAAAAAUUGGAAAUGGAUUUUGCAAUAUUACUUCUCUUUCAAGACAGCAACUUACAUGUAGACCUCCUCCAGAAGCAACGGCAACUAAAAGCAUAAAUGGACCCGAGGUUAUUGUUCGUAUUGGUACUUCGCUGGAGUACCGUAUUGGUAUACUCAGCUACGAAUCAUCAAACAUAAUUUUGGAUUGGGGAGAAAAUGUAAUUUUUGCUGUAAUAGCCACAAUUGUCAUCUUACUCCUCAUUUUUGUUGCUUUGCUUGUAGCAUAUAAAAAGAAAAGCUCUGAAUCAAACAGGGUACUUCGAAAUAUGCAGGAACAGAUGGACAUUUUAGAGCUGCGUGUCGCAGCUGAAUGUAAAGAAGCAUUUGCCGAACUUCAAACGGAGAUGACUGACCUCACAGGAGAUCUUACGUCUGGAGGCAUUCCGUUUUUGGAUUACCGAUCAUAUGCAAUGAAAAUUCUUUUUCCCAACAACGAAGAUCACAUUGUGCUGCAAUGGGAACGACCUGAGCUUCUCCGAAAAGAAAAAGGGUUGCGUAUUUUUGGUCAACUUAUUAUGAAUAAAACUUUCCUGCUACUUUUUAUUCGAACCUUAGAAUCGAAUCGAUACUUUUCUAUGCGAGAACGAGUUAACGUUGCAUCAUUAAUUAUGGUCACACUACAAUCAAAGUUAGAAUAUUGUACAGAUAUACUAAAAACAUUAUUGGGAGACUUGAUUGAAAAAUGCAUAGAAGGAAAAAGUCAUCCGAAACUUUUGUUACGAAGAACAGAAAGUGUGGCAGAAAAAAUGUUAAGUGCUUGGUUUACAUUCCUUCUUUACAAGUUUUUAAAAGAGUGUGCUGGAGAGCCCUUAUAUAUGCUUUUCCGCGCUGUGAAAGGACAAGUAGACAAGGGUCCUGUUGACGCUUGCACUCAUGAGGCGAGAUACUCACUUAGUGAAGAAAAACUUAUACGCCAGUCCAUUGAUUUCCGACCAAUGAAUGUCUAUGCAAGCAUUAUACAGCAGCCAAUAUUUUGCAACAACUUAGAUAUGUUGCCUUCUCACACCGAAAACGUACCUGUAAAAGUUUUGGACUGCGAUACAAUUGGACAAGUAAAAGAGAAGUGUUUAGAAACAAUUUAUAAAAACAUUCCAUCAAGCCAAAGACCUCGGAAAGAUGACUUGGAUUUAGAGUGGCGUACAGGUGCUACAGGUAGAGUAAUUCUGUACGACGAGGAUGUUACGUCUAAAACGGAGAGCGAAUGGAAGAAACUAAACACUCUGCAGCACUAUAAUGUUCCAGACGGCGCUGGUCUAAGCUUAGUACCAAAGCAAAGUUCGAUUUAUAACUUCAGUAUAUUGUCGGAUAAAAAUGAAAAAUCACACAAGUAUGAAACUCUUAAUAUAUCGAAAUACACCUCCUCCUCUCCGACAUUUAGCCGCGCCGGCAGCCCUCUUAAUAAUGAUAUGCAUGAUAACGGUCUAAGAUACUGGCAUCUAGUGAAACACCAUGAUAGUGAUAUGCAGAAAGAAGGGGAACGGGUUAACAAAUUAGUAUCUGAGAUAUACUUAACCAGACUAUUGUCUACUAAAGGCACACUUCAGAAAUUCGUAGAUGAUCUCUUUGAAACGAUAUUUAGCACCGCUCAUCGUGGAUCGGCACUGCCAUUAGCUAUAAAAUACAUGUUUGACUUUCUAGACGAUCAAGCUCAGUUGCAUGGGAUAACUGAUCCAGAGGUUGUGCAUACUUGGAAAAGUAAUAGCUUACCAUUGCGAUUUUGGGUAAACUUAAUAAAAAAUCCCAAUUUUGUCUUUGACAUACAUAAGUCGAACAUAGUGGAUUCCUGCUUGUCAGUUGUAGCUCAAACAUUUAUGGACUCUUGUUCAACUUCUGAUCACCGUUUGGGUAAGGACUCACCAAGCUCGAAACUGCUAUAUGCAAAAGAUAUACCAGAGUAUCGCAAAUGGGUAGAUCGCUAUUAUAGAGACAUUCGCGAUAUGUCCCCAAUAUCAGAUCAGGACAUGAAUGCCAUGCUUGCAGAAGAAUCAAGGCUUCACACAACUGAAUUUAAUACAAAUUGUGCUCUCCAUGAGCUAUACACAUAUGCUGUAAAGUACAAUGAGCAGCUUACAGUUACACUUGAAGAGGAUGAAUUUUCGCAAAAGCAGCGAUUGGCUUUUAAAUUGGAGCAAGUUCACAACAUAAUGUCGGCAGAAUAAGAAGUGUCUCUAACCUAUCAAGCUGACAAAUAAAAUACAAAAAAUUAUAAAAAUCAUUUGUAAAUGUCGUAUUUGCUCAUGUAAUGCUUAAUAUAAUGGUAUUGUAUGUAUGUAUGUAUGUAUUUGAUAUAAGUAUACUAAUGUAAGAUUAAACAUUCAAGAUAAAGUAAUCUAAAUAAAAAAUCGACUGACUUUAAUUUUAACUUAAUAUAAAGUGAAUGACUUAUAUUUAUACAGUUGCAAACCUAUGUUGAAAAUUAAGGAUAUUCAUGUAUUGCUUUUUUUAUCUGCAGUUUAUGGUACUAAGUCACAUUCCUAAUAGCACGACAUUCGUUCAAUUUCUGUGAUUUAAUCUUCACAAAAAAUUAAUGUCGAAGUUAAGAAGAAGGUUCAAAAUUAUAUGUGCAUUAACGAAAACGCAAUGUCGGUCAUCUCUUAUAUAAGUUCAAAAGAUAUUGUAAACCAACACGUAAUACACACACAAACGUCUCGAACACCAUUUUACUUGGUCCUCGGGCUUGUAAAAUGUUUGCAAGUUUUUUAUGCUUUGUGAUAUUUUUACAGAAAUAAUAGACAAUACUGAUUGAUAUGUGUUUUGUUUUUAUUGAUUUCUUUAAAACGCGAUCAAAAGAUAUAAAUUAAACAAAUGUAAUACUGAGAGUGACUUAUAAAAAAAAAGGAGAACAAACGCAAUAAGUUCAGUGCUCAAUUAUAAGGUACCCGGGCUCUCUGUCCCCUGUUACGAAAAUAUUUCAAUUCUGAAAAAGACUUUAGUUGUUCCCUUCAUCUAUGGUAGCUUUUUUUUAAAUUAUCCGAAUUGUGCUGUGAGCAAUACAAACUGAUUCCGACAAAAUAAUUACAGUUCACGUGAUUUUUAAUCGCAAGAAAAAGCUGUUAAAACCCUACAGAACUUAAAGAACAGUAUCGUGAUCUAUUAAAGCAAAUUUCAACACUCUUAAUUAUUUAAUCGAUGAUAUUCCAGCUCCAAUAUAAGAAAUCUUUGAUCACGUGAUUUAAAACGUUUCUAAUAGUAAUAACAAACUGGCUACCGAGCCUAUCUAUAUAAAACGGAAUGAUACUAAAAUGGCAUUAAACCGGAGUGCAGUUCAAAUGUUUUGCAGCUUAUUUUAUUGACUUUUUUAAACGUAAUUAUUUUAUUUGUAUUUGUAAUAUUACAAUUUUUGUUUCAUAUGCAUUAUUUUUUUAUGCUAUAUCUAAGAAUUAUUUAUAAAUAAAAGCCUUAUUUCAAUUUCUGUAAAAAUGUUUAUUCAUUGUACUAAUGUAUAUUACUAUCAAUAAAAAUCAAAUUGUUCUCUAACAUUUUUUUAAUAUUAAAAUGAUUUCUUUAUUUUUUAACAUUAAAAAAGUCGAUAGAGAAAUGAUAAAUAGUUGAUAUUUCAUCUGGUCAAUUUAUCGCUAUUAUGGAAGUUACUUAUGAUAUUAAGAUAAUACAAUUGUAGUACGUAAAUGUUUUAGAAUAUAUAUUUCGUGUAUUUGUGUAUGUAUGUAUAAAUGAAGAUUUGAUAUUAAUGAAUGCAUAAUAAUCAUAGUUUAAUAGUGUAUGUACAUAUUUACUAAAUCGCGCAAAAGCUAUGGCGGUUUAAGAUCACACCAUAACCAGAAUCAGAAUUUGAACCAACUUAGGUUGGCAAUUCCAAAUUAAAAUAUUUAAAUAUGCACAAAAAAAAAAUUCCCACCAAAUCGAUAUCCCAAUAAAAUUAUGUGUAAUCAAUUGAAAUAUAAAUUCGGAAAGCCGAGGAUUACAUACCCUUGCAAA